UGAAUAUAAAUUAGCCCCUUUCAUCAUCACCAGAUUAGGGUUUUCCUCUAUCAUUUCACUGCCAGUUAGAGAGAGAGAGAGAGAGAGGUGAGAGAGAAUGUGGAGGCCUUUAGCACGAAGAGCUUUGCUCAACAGAGGGACUGCAGCGCAGAAGUUGCUUCCACCAGUUUUUAAUCUUCAGGUAUCCAGUUCUGAAACCGUUGCCCCUGCCGAAUCUGCAUCUCGCUUCUCGUUUUUCUCGGCAAAAUACCAUGUUUACGGAAGUCUGAGAUUUUUCUCGUCAAACCCAGCUGGAAAGUACGAGGAUCCGGCUUCUGAACCGCCAAUUUCAGAGGCUACUGAGAUCACUGGUGAUUUUGAUUUUAGUUCUGUGAAUGUGGUUGAUGGAACUACAAAACCGGAAUUUGAAAAUGAGGAUUCUAUUUUUAAUGAUGUAAUGGAGAAUUUAGAAGCAAAUAAGGGUGUUGGGGAAAUUUUUGAAGGUUCUGUUUCUUUGGAUGAAAAUUUGGAUUAUGUUGCAGCAGAGGAUGAGAGUCUUGGGGAAGUGAAGAAAAAUGAUCCAGAGAAGGUGGAGAAUUUGUUGUCUUUGCUUCAGAGUAGUGGCACUGAUACUAGGUCUUUAGAAUCUAAUAUGGAGGGAAUGGGUUUGGUUUUGGACGAGGAGUUUGUGUUAAAGGUACUGGAGACACCAUAUAUUCCAGGGGAGAAUUUGAUCAGGUUUUUCAGGUGGAUUUUGAAGAAUCCGGAGUUUAAAGUGACUACACCUGUGAUGGAGGCGCUUGUUACCGCAAUAUGCAUGGGAAACAGGAGGAGAGAAGCAUAUGCAUUGUGGGAUUUGAUAAAUGAGGUAGGGGAGAAGGAGAAGGGGGUAGUCAGCACAGAUUGUUUAAACAAAUUAAUAGCUGAAUUUUCAAGGAUAGGUAAAGGGAAGGCAGCUUUUGAUGUGUUCAAUAAGUUUGAGCAGUUUGGAUGUCUCUUGAAUGCUGAUACAUAUUAUUUAACUAUUGAAGCUCUCUGCAAGAGGUCCUUUUACAACUGGGCUUCCUCAGUUUGUGAAAAGAUGCUAAAUUCCGGUAACUUGCCGGAUGUCGAGAGAGUUGGGAAGAUAAUUUCAUGUUUGUGCAAAGGAGGCUUGACCAAAGAUGCACAUUUGGUUUAUAUGUAUGCAAAGGAUAAGAAAGCUUAUCUUCCUCGAACCUCUAUCAACUUCUUGGUUGGCUCUCUCUCGAGAAUUGAGAAAACCGGUAAGGGAACUAACAAGGAAAUCAAUAAGGAACUUGAUAGAGAAACUGUGUCCUUGGCUUUAGAGAUGUUGAAUGAUUAUUCAGCUUUGGAUCGCAAGUAUGCAACUAAGCCCUUCUCAAGUGUCAUUAAGAAGUUGUGUUGGAUUGAAGACAUUGACAGGGCGAAAAAGUUGCUUCUUGAGAUGAUUGAUUUUGGCCCUCCUCCUGGAAAUACUGUAUUCAAUUGUGUAAUUAAUGGGCUGACUAAAAGUGGGGAUAUGGAGGAGGCAAUGAAAAUGAUGAAAUUGCUGGAGAACAGAGGUUUAAAACCUGAUGUAUACACCUACAGUGUGAUUAUGAGUGGUUAUGCAAGGGGCGGUGCAAUGGAGGAAGCAUGCAAAAUAUAUGAUGAAGCCAAAAAGCAGCAUGCAAAACUGAGCCCAGUUACAUUUCACACACUCAUUCGUGGGUUCUGCAAGCUUGAACAAUAUGACAAGGCUGUGAGCUUGAUAGGGGAGAUGAAGCAACAUGGAGUUAACCCAAAUCAUGACGAGUACAAUAAACUGAUCAAAUCUCUUUGCUUGAAGGCUUUAGAUUGGGAAACAGCUGAAAAGUUGCAAGAGGAGAUGAAGAUGAACGGAUUGAUUCUUAAUGGCAGAACUAGCGCUCUUAUUCGUGCUCUGAAGGAAGAAGUACUGGCAUAAUUUACAACCAUUGCAAUCUUGCUGAAGCUAAUGCUGCACGAAGAAGUUGAUGCAUCUCUUGUCCAAUUCUUCUUAAUGCUUUUUUAUCUAGGGCCAGUUUUUGUUGAUGUUAAUCCUGAGAUUGUUACACUGAGGAUAAAAUAUUAGGAGACCUACAAUCUGCAUUUUUACAUGUCUGCGGCGUUUAGAAGAAGUGACUUGUCUGGACAAGAGAUGUAUUUCAGUUAAAAGUUCUAGAUUUCAAUCAAUAAUUGUAUUUGGUCAAUAAAUAGGCUUGUCACGUUUUGGUGAAAA